CGACGAAAGAGAUAUAUUCCAUCCCACGAAUAUUCUCCACUAUUUUCUUUGUAUUUCUCUUUUCUUAAUAUUCUAUCGCCAUUUCUCUCGUUAACAUCGCCGUUCGCAGAAGAUAUUGUAUUAUUAUUAUUAUUAUUUGUUGAAGAAAUUCAGUAGGCGGAAUAAUAUAAGAGUUGAUAUGCGCCGGUGGUGAUCAGGUGUAUAGAUAUGAAGUUCUGGAAGAGCCUGAGCAUAUUGAUAGAGGACACCUUACCGGAAUGGAGAGACAAGUUUUUAUCCUAUAAAGAUUUGAAGAAACAACUCAAGCUGAUUUAUCCCAAGGAUGGAGAUAAGCCACAGAAUAAACGGCCCAGAUUAGAGGCUAUGGCACCGACCGAUAGGGAGGAGAGUGGCGGUGAGGUGACGAAGGAGGUGAUUGAUUUCGUUAGGCUGUUGGAGGACGAGAUGGAGAAGUUUAAUUCCUUUAUUUUUGAAAAAGAAGAGGACUUUGUUAUCAAAUGGAAGGAGCUGCAAGAUAGAGUAAAAAAGGCCAAGGAUUCAAAUGAAGAACGGAUGGAAGUGGGGAGGGAGAUAGUGAAUUUCCAUGGAGAGAUGGUUUUGUUGGAGAAUUACAGUGCUCUUAACUACACAGGACUUGUGAAGAUAUUAAAAAAAUAUGACAAGCGAAGUGGUGCUUUGGUUCGCUUGCCUUUCAUCCAAAAGGUUAUGCAGCAGCCAUUCUUCACUACUCAUGUGCUUAACAAGCUUGUGAAGGAGUGUGAGACCAUACUUGAUAGUCUUUUCUCUAGAAAAGAACCGUCAAUAUCACCUGAUGCAACUGUCGUAGGAGGUUGUGACUCCGAAACUUCAUCAGAAAGCAAGGAUAUGCCACUUGAAGUACCAAGAGAGCUUGCUGAGAUUGAGAAUAUGGAGAACAUGUUCAUGAAGCUAACUUUAUCAGCAUUGCGUGUCCUUAAGGAGGUUCGGAGUGGAAGCUCAACUGUGAACUUGUUUUCAUUGCCCCCUUUGCAAAGUAAUGCCUUGGAAGAGGAUUGGAAGAAAGUUCCUAUCUUAGAACAAGCUGCCAAAUAGAGUUCUAUUUUUAGAGUCUUACCCCCUUUUUUUGUACAAGUUUUUAAAUAUUGGAAGGAUACUCUGACCUUCUUCCGCUUCUUUUUCUCCCUUUUCUUUUUUGGGAUUGGGUGUGUGUGGUUGGUGUUGUUGAUAUGGUACUUGUAUUUUUAUUA